GCCGACCCCCGCGCCCCCACCCGCAGAGUGGCAGGGACCCUCGUGCCCCGGGGGCCGGGUCCCCUCCGCCCCGCCCCGCCCCGCCCCGCCCCGCCCCUGCGCGGGGUCCUGCGCGUUAAAAGGCGCGGGCGGCCGGCGCGGGCGGCACAGGCGCUGCGGCGGGCGGAGCGGCCGCGACGGGACGGGCGGACUCGCGGGCGCUCAGAGCCGGCCUCGGUCCUCGGCGCCCCGCGCUCCCUGCCCGUCCCGGGACCCCGGCCCCGGCCCGGCCCGGCCCCCGCCCCCCGGGCCGAUGGACUACUCCUACCUCAACUCGUACGACUCGUGCGUGGCGGCCAUGGAGGCGUCCGCCUACGGCGACUUCGGCGCCUGCAGCCAGCCCGGCGGCUUCCAGUACAGCCCCCUGCGACCCGCCUUCCCCGCCGCCGGGCCGCCCUGCCCCGCGCUCGGCUCCUCCAACUGCGCGCUGGGCGCCCUGCGCGACCACCAGCCCGCGCCCUACUCUGCAGUGCCGUACAAGUUCUUCCCGGAGCCGUCGGGCCUGCACGAGAAGCGCAAGCAGCGGCGCAUUCGCACGACCUUCACGAGCGCGCAGCUGAAGGAGCUGGAGCGCGUCUUCGCCGAGACCCACUACCCGGACAUCUACACGCGCGAGGAGCUGGCGCUCAAGAUCGACCUCACGGAGGCCCGCGUGCAGGUCUGGUUCCAGAACCGCCGCGCCAAGUUCCGCAAACAGGAGCGCGCAGCAAGCGCCAAGGGCGCCGCGGGGGCGGCGGGCGCCAAGAAGGGCGAGGCGCGCUGCUCGUCGGAGGACGACGACUCCAAGGAAUCCACGUGCAGCCCCACGCCCGACAGCACCGCCUCGCUGCCGCCGCCCGCGCCCGGCCUGGCCAGCCCGCGGCUCAGCCCCAGUCCGCUGCCUGCCGCGCUGGGCUCGGGGCCCGGGCCGGGGCCGCAGCCGCUCAAGGGGCCACUGUGGGCCGGCGUGGCGGGCGGCGGGGGCGGCGGGCCGGGCUCGGGCGCGGCCGAGCUGCUCAAGGCCUGGCAGCCUGCGGAGCCGGGGCCGGGGCCCUUCUCGGGGGUGCUGUCCUCCUUCCACAGGAAGCCUGGCCCCGCCCUGAAGACCAACCUCUUCUAGCCGCGGACUCUAGAGCCAAACCCGGGCACCCUCGUCCCCCAACCCCCCCCAGCUUGGCUUUCUUUGGAACCGGGUUCACACCCGCCUGACCCUGUCAACAGGGCUCGAAGGAGGCUCCCCGAGGAGCAGCCCCUUCCUGGCUGGGGGGGGGGUGCCUUUCACCCUCCCGGGCGCAGAGGGCAGGUCC